AUGAAAACCCUUUCACCAUCCACCGAGCUGUCCUACUACGGCUCCGUUGCAUUCAGGCGGGGCGACGCGGCGUGUCGGGUGUGUAGCGGUGCGCCUCGCCUUGGCCGGACUGUGGGAGCGGCGGCGGCGGCGGCGGCGGCGGCGGUGGAGGAGGCUGCCGGUGCGCGGGUCAGCGGCCUCGAGGGGCAGUGGGGGCGGGACGGGUGUCCACAAGAGGGGGCAUAGACUUUUUUGGACCCCCUGUACUAUUAAGCCUUUCUUAUAUACGCCUGCCAUAUUUUGAUAUAAAAUAAAUAAAAUAUAUUCCCCUAGUAAGGGG